AUGGCACCAACUAGAACAUCGUCACGCCAAGCUGCUCAGAAAGCAAAGGAAGCCAUAGCGGCUGCUCCAGACGUAGCUGGCAUCAAACGUAAAGUCUCCAUCGACAAAGGCCCGGAGCCGAAGAAGGAAAAGAAAGAUGAUCAGGGCUUAACUCAUACGGACGCCAAUGGCCCGAAGGAGCAGAAACCGGAAGAGCCGAAAGAUACACCGGACCAAAAGCCUACAACAGAGACAAAGGAGGAGCAGAAGCAAGAAGUGCAGGAGAAGGAAGAAGAACUGCCCGGAACUUCUGCGGUGGCUACUAAACCGGCUGAAGAGCAAAGAAAAGAGCCUGCCCCUGUGAAUGGAGCCGAAGAGGGAGUGAGAAAGACACCUGGCAGAGGGGAGGCCGUCCCUUCAAACAUACUUGAGAAGGGGGUUAUCUACUUCUUUUACCGGCCCCGUGUUAAUAUUUCAGACCCGGAAAGCAUUGAGGAUGUUGCUAGAAGUUUCAUCGUUCUCCGACCCACGCCACUGGGGGAAACCCUGGGCGAGGGCCAAGGUCCGGUGGAUGUCAGCUCCAUGUGUCGAUUGAUAGUCCUUCCCAAGAAGCGAUUUCCAACAACCAGCAGGGAAAGAGAUAUGGCAUUUGUAGUGAAGGCAGGACAUUCCGUGAAAGAGCUCCAAGAGAGUUUUAUCGCUGGGGAGAAGUACGAGACUGCCAGUCCGGGCGAGCGCACUGUUCCGGAAGCCAGGCCAUACGCUGAAGGGGUCUACGCCAUUACAUCUGCCAAACGUGCAUCGCACUUGGCCUACAUCCUCACCAUCCCCGACAAGGUCGGGCCAAUUCAGGAUGACUUUGGCUUGCGCGCACACGGCAGCUGGAUUGUGCAAUCCAAGAAUCCCAAAUACCCAGGGCCUCCCUCUGCAACCCUUCCCAAGGCGCCGGAUUACCCUGAGUCUAUCCACAAGAGGUUCGACGAUUAUCGCUGGAUUCCUCUUCAGCCUGAGUUCAUUGACUACCCCAACGCGCAGUUUCUCAUGAUUGGCGAAACCGGGGAGACCCUGGGCAAAGCUGCCACGGCCGAUUCAGAUGAGAAACAGCCUGGAGAAGCUUCUCCCGGGGAGGAACUGGAGACGUUUGGGCAUGAAAAUGAAGAACGAGUGGAAUCCUUACGUGGUGAUGACACUGUAUACGAAGAUCUGGGAUUACAGGCCCAAAACUAUCCCAAAGUGCCAACGACUUGGCAUUCUGUGUAA